ACGUUUACGCUAUGUCAGCACUUUGCACCAAUUCAGAUCCUUUCUUCUCUCUCACGAUACUCAUCUUCAUCACUGUCUCUGUCUCUUCUUUCCUUUCUCAUUCAGAUUCAGCCGUUACCUUCUACUACUCUCUAAACAACCCUUUACAAAUACAUGUCACAUUAAGCCCAUAUGUAAAUGACCCCAUCUCAUCUCUUCUCAUAAGCCCCUAAAAACCCAGUUGUUUUUCCACUAUUAUGCGCUAUGGCGUGCAUUACGCAUCACAGCCCGUUCCAUCUCUUUCUCCAGCACCCCCCAUAAUCGCUUCUUCUUCUGUUGCUGCCACCAUCGCCGCCAACAACAAUCAUCACAACGACAUGCUGGCUUCAGUUUUGUUGGCUCUGUUUUUACCCUGUUUGGGCAUGAGUGGAAUUUUCAUCGUCUACAUCUGCCUUUUGUGGUACGUUAGUAGCCUUAACCACCACCCUGAUGCGCGGUUUCCGACGGUUAAGCCUGUGGCGGUAGUGGGUUUGUCGGCGUCUGAGCUUGAGAAGUUGCCUAAGGUUAGCGGGAAAGAGCUGGUUGUGGGGACAGAGUGUGCCGUCUGUUUGGACGAAAUCGAGAGUGAACAACCGGUUAGACUCGUUCCCGGUUGCAAUCACGGGUUUCAUUUGCAGUGUGGUGAUGCUUGGCUUUCAAGACAGUCGGCAUGCCCUGUUUGUAGAGGCAAACUUGACUCUGAAUUCUUCAAAGCUUUAGAAGAAAAUCCCUGCUAGGCCAAUAGGGUUUCGUAAAAUACAAAAAUGAUUAGGGUUUUAGUUGUACUUGUUACUUGUUAAUAAAUAUAAUAAUGGUGUUUUCCUUUA